AUGUCCGCCGCCGACGUUUCCGCCUUGAUCACAGGCGUUACUGUAGGGAAUGCCCUGACCGCCCUUCUCGUCUACGACUGGCUUCUCUGCUUCGACGCAGAGGUCUCUCUGGUGUGGGCUGGGCACCACAAACGCACCUGGGCGUCCCUCGUGUACGCUUUCAGUCGCUAUCUCCCACUAGUUCAGUAUAUCCUCCAGAUCGCAACCAUCUUCCCCAUGUCCACAUCGACGCACUCGUGCAGCUGCGACUCCCUGCCUCGCGUGCUGAACGCCAUCAACCUUCUCAGCGUGCUCACCCCUUGCCUGUUCUCGACCAUGCGAGUAUACGCACUGUCUGGAAUGAAUGUAGUCCUCUCCCUGGUCACGUUCACUCUCUCGUUCAUUCCUAUAGUCUUGGAUCUUAUCGAGAAUGUCAAGUGGUUUCGAAUACAGAACCUGCCUCAACCGUUUAAUUGCAGCCCCGGAGACGUCACUCCUCAAGGGCUCCUGCUUAUCGUCAUCGUCGCGGACUCGAUCGUCCUCGGUACGACGUGGUGGUACACGUAUCAGUCGUAUAGAGCCCAGCGCGGCAUCCAUAUCCGCUCUUCCCUGACUUCUGCUAUGCUUUACAAUGGAAGCAUCUAUUUCCUAGUCCUGGCAUCGCUCAACGCGCUAGACCUGGCCCUCGUGACCCUCGGACUCGCGCAGAACAGCUUCCUCUUCCGAAACGUGAGCUACGUGGGCCUGUUCGCGGAUGUGCUGACUGCAAUCCUCAUCUCCCGCUUCAUUCUCAACCUCCGUCAAGUGAACUACGAUGCCGCGCACCCAUCGGACGCUUCUGUGUCCCUCGGCGUGCUCUUCACACAAUCACGGCCAGGCCCCUCGCUCCCGCGGUCUCUCCUCUCUUUCGCGGAGCCGGUGCAUGUCGGUCACAGAGGCCCGGACAUGGCGUCCGACCUCCAUCCGCCAUCUGUUCUUGGAGGAGACGGGGAUGCGGUACCUGACUCGGAGCGGCAAAUAGAUGACGAGGAGACCAUUGCAAGCACUGCUGUUUGGUAG